GUUGUUGUCAUUGGACCGCUUCAAUGAACACUCAGUAGUGAACACUGACUCAGGACAGUGGGUGGGUUAGCUAUAGCUCCUCUCUGUCAGUCAUGAUCAGUCAACGGGAAGAAAGCGACGUCUCCGCGGGAAAUCCGUGCGGAACUCCCACCGUGAAGGAGUUGGAGAAAGUUUUGUAUGGAGGAAAACGAUUUGGCAAUGACACGGACGAGGUUUGGCCCAACUUGUUCAUUGGAAAUAUGUCAGUCGCCAAUGAUCGCUAUAGUCUGUGGAAACUGGGCAUCACGCACGUCCUUAACGCUGCGCACGGGAAGGCGCACUGCCAGGGCAGCGCUCGGUUCUAUGGAUCCACCGUGGACUACCUCGGCGUGCCCGCGGAUGACGCUCCCUCUUUUAACCUUUCCCGCUAUUUCUCCCCCUGCUCGGACUACAUUCAGAAGGCACUUGACACGCCUGGUGCUAGGGUUAUUGUGCACUGUGCUGUGGGGGUGAGCAGGUCUGCCUCGCUGGUCCUGGCCUACCUGAUGAUCUGCCACCAUUACCCGCUGCUGGACGCCAUCCAUAAGGUCAAAGAACAACGCUGGAUUUUCCCAAACAGAGGAUUCCUCAAACAGCUACGUGCUUUGGACAUAACGUUAAAAAACAGAGCAAAGAAUGAACAAGCUUGACCAGGGCCGUAGCA